UCAGGAUGGCGCUGGUUGUUUCUCAUCCAACGGAUCCUGAGACGGCAGUAUUGACGUGUGGUGAUGAGUUCAAGCUUAUUGGCAAAACAUGCAAUUUGAAGACAAUCAAAGCAUCAAGUCCGAUUUUGGCGGCUUGCUUUAGUAGAAGCGGUAGAAUGUUUGCCACUUGUAACAGUGAUAAACAGCUGCAAGUUUAUGAUACAAGAAAAGAUUGGAAGUGUACAAAUCGUUGUGUUCCUAAACGAGUCACGGCCAUCAGUUUCAGCCCCGACGAAAAACACAUCUAUACAGCAGACAAGGCAGGAGAUGUGUACAGAUAUAACGCUGAUGGGUUGGAUGAAGGCAAAUUACUUCUUGGUCACGUGUCAAUGUUACUGGACAUGGCGUUGUCUAUUGAUGGUAAAUUUAUUGUGACUUGCGAUCGAGACGAAAAGAUUAGAGUUAGUUGUCUUCCUAAUGCGUAUAACAUCAAGAGCUUUUGCCUCGGACACAGAGAGUUUGUCGGUCAAGUCGAGAUACAUCCAAAGUUUGACCAUUUGUUAGUGUCAGGAUCCGGGGAUGGGCGUAUAGGUUUGUGGAAUUUUGUUGUAGGAGCUUGCUUGGACCUGGUUCCACUUCCAUGUGGGAAAGAUGAUAUUGCAGUCUUUCCUACUUGUAUUAACUGUUGCAAGGAAACUGGAUUAAUUGCUGUAGCUGCAAGUUCAGAUUUAGUGUGUUUGUUUGCGGUGGCAGACGAUGGAUGUCAUUUGAAAUUUGUAACAAUGACUCAUUUGGCAGCCACACCUCUGCAUCUUGCUUUUACAUCCGAUGGCAUGCUUUGGAUUCUAGUGAGGAGUGACGUGAACCCAUUGCUACUAGUCGAUGUUUCAAGCGUUCUCGAGACAAAACAGGUGCAGUUUGUCUCUAAUCAGUCUUAUUUUGGUGACAUCGAUUUGUGUUUGCACAACUGGAAGUUUGAUAAAGAGCUUGAUGUUCCUAUAGACUAUCAUACAUUGAAGAAAUGUGCAUACGACAACACACUAGAUUACAGGGAACGGAAGAGGCAACGUUUGGAGGGGAAACAUAAGGAGCAGCACGAGAGUGAAGGUAUGCAUAAGGAAGAUGCAAAGUAGUCUCCUAUUUUAGUUUCUUUACAAGAAAUAUCUGCUUUCAAGACUCAUAGUGAUGUGUUCUUAUGAUUAUAAUAAACACUGUGUAUGCAGUCUUGCUUCUUUUACAAUUUUUUAUUUGUUGGACUGAAGUGGUUUGAAUUUAAUUUAAUGUAAAGUUUUGAAGCUAAUCAUACAAUGUAUUGAAGAACUAGAUGCUUAUGAA